UGCUGGGUGGGCAAAAAACCCGCGCGCACAAAAAGUUCACAAAUUUCUUAAAAUUUCUUAUUUAUUAAAACUAUUUUAAUACACUGGUGCGUGUUAAGAGCAAGUUCAAGUCGUCUCCCUGCUCCUUCAGUCGAUUUCGUUGAAAAAGCGGGUCUGAAAAGAGCCAGAGAAUUGCAACACCACGACCAACAGUGUGGAAAGAUAAACAAAAACACGGGACUGAAACCACGAAAAAGGAAUUCUAAAACCUUUUACAACCUCCGGCACCCAUCGCCUGUAGAGACCACAGAGAUCUGCCGCCGCUGUCCGGGUGUCUCGAAAGGAAACCAGCGGAAACCGCUCAGUUAUCAUCAACGCAAAGUCUUCGGUAUUUAGCAACGCCGCUAGCUGCUGCCGGUACAGUUUGUGAGUUAUGCACACCGACCUCUCACCGCACUUACAUUCGCUGGAGUGCAAUAAAAUCAUAGAAGCAUUAAAAAAUUGCCACUCGGAGAAUAAAUUCGGCAAAUUCCUAGGCCUCUGUAACGAUCUUGAUCGUCAGAUGAUCGUCUGCUUGCGGAACGAGCGAAAAACAAGACAAAAAGUGAACCGUGAGAAAGCUCUAGAAAAGCAGAAACGCGUUCAGCAACUGAUGAAAGAGCAGCAAGAGUGA